AUGAUUUCUCUGAGGUGUGGCUAUGAGGAAGAUCACUGCGGCCCCGAUUGUGUUUCCGAUUGUGACUCCAAAGCUGACUGCGGCGCGUAUGCUGAUCCGCCCGGCAAAGAAUGCCCUCUGAAAGUGUGCUGCAACAAAUGGGGCAACUGUGGCACCACCGAGUCUUUCUGCGGUGACGGAUGCCAGGGCAACUGUGAAGUUCCCGGUAUCACCACAGGGCAUGACGGUGAUGUUCGCGAUCUCGUCAUCGGCUACUUUGAAAGCUGGAUUCUCCUUCGGAGAGGCUGCUCGCAGAGAGAUAUCAGCCACAUCCGUUUCGACUCCAUGACACACAUAAACGUGGCGUUUGGGUUCAUCAAGCCCGACACCUACGAGAUUCAUCCUAUGCGCGGCGCAACCAUUGCUGGUUUCCAGAACGUCACGAACCUCAAGCAGCAAGCGCCCGGUCUCAAGGUCUGGCUUGCUCUGGGCGGCUGGACCUUCAGCGACAACGGUACCGACACACAGCCAGUCUUCGGCGACAUUGCCAGCACGGCACUCAAGCGAAGCCAGUUCAUUGACAAGCUUCUCCGAUUCAUGACAGAGGUCAGUGGCUUCGAUGAGGCUGGAGUAGAUAUCGACUGGGAAUACCCUGGUGCGCCCGACCGUGGUGGCCAGACCAGAGAUAUCCAGAACUUCGUUCUCUUGAUGAAAGACAUUUGGUUUCGUUUCCAGGCAGAUGGUAAGGGACUGGGCGUCUCCUUCACCGCUCCUACCUCUUACUGGUACAUGCGUUGGUUUGACAUUGGCGCCGUCAUGCCGUAUGUUGACUGGGUCAACCUGAUGACCUAUGAUAUUCACGGAAGUUGGGACGAAGACUCUGACUGGAUCGGGCCGUACGUCUACGCCCAUACUAACCUCACUGAGAUAAAACACGGUCUCGAUCUCUUGUGGAGAAACGGCGUGCCAGCUAAUAAGGUCAACUUGGGCCUUGCCUUUUACGGCCGAACCUACAAGCUGGAAGAUCCAGACUGCGAUACUCCAGGAUGUCCCUUUGCAGACCCUGGAACGGCGGGGCAGUGCUCGGGAACUGGAGGCUAUAUGUCGUACCAAGACAUCGAGUACACUAUCCAGAGCAACAAUCCAACUCCUGUCUAUGACGAAAAGGAGAAGGUCAUGUACUUCAAAUAUCGGGGCGAUCAAUGGGUAUCAUAUGACAACGAGAAGACCAUUCGAGAAAAAGUCGAAUUUGCCAAUGACUUGGGACUUCGAGGACUCUUCAUCUGGGCCAUCGAUCAGGACAACUUGGACAAUGAUCUGUUGAACGCCGUCUUGCAGCCUGAAGGCCUCGGGAAGUUCAAGGAGAGAAACGGAGUUGGCGCAGACGGGUCUGAUUGGAAGAAGGUUGACCUUGACGGACGUUGUUUCUGGUCAGACUGUGAGGGCGAUUGUCCCACCGGGACGAACAAAAUCACCACCGUUCGUUGUGCUCGAAGGAAGAACUCCAAGACCAAGGAUCCCAUGAUCAACCUGUGCUGUCCUCUGGCAAACUCUCCAGACCCAGAAACCUGCCGCUGGAGCGCACCUAACCUUUUCGGCGGCUUGAUCUGCGAGUCGACGAAUUCCUGCGACGUUGGAGAGGAGCGCAUCGUCACCAGCCAGUACUACAUCAACGGGAAGAACGAACACGACGCCUGCUUGGAGGGCGACGCGGACUACUGCUGCAAGAUCCAGGACGGCGGCACGCAACUCUGCGAGUGGGACGAGGGCAACUGCAUCGAGGUGGACCAGAGCCAGAUCCUCAAGCCGAAACCCAAGGGAGACGAUCCAUGCGGCAACGGGAAGAAGUUCACCACGUUCCGUAAGGGCAAGUGUAAGAAGAACCGCUGGGAGUCCCUCUGCUGCGACACCAACAUCGACACGUCGUCCUGCCGAUGGCGAAACGACAUGAACGACCGAUGCAACCCCGAGUGCAACCAUGACGAGGUCAAGUUCGGAACGCACGCCGAGGGUGGUGGCCGUAACUGCGAGUGGACCGUCCCCGGCUCCCAGUCCAUCCACAACAUGCAGGGUCAGAAGUCGAUCGUCUGGCCGGGUCUCUGCUGCAACCGCGACGCUUUCAAGGUGGAGCUCAAGAGCCUCCCCGUGCCACUGGAGAACCUGUUCCCGGACGCCGACGAGAUCCCGGAAUCUGAUGAGCAGUCCUUUGGUGUCGAGGUCGACCAGACCAUGGGAGGUCGGAAGUCCGGGACCGGUAACGACAACCCCAACCUCAACUCCUUCGGCUGGCACAUCAUGUCGGGACCCGAGGAGCAGAUCAGCAGCAUCGACAAGCGCGACGGCUCGCACUGGGAGGUCUUUGAUUGCGAUGAGGAGUUCCACGACGGUCGGCAACAUGCCAAGCUGGUGUGCACCGACGAUUCGGAGGACAGCAACUGUGGCACCCUCUUCAAGGGCGGCGUGCCCAACACGGUCCUGGAGAUGCCGGACCAUUGCGGUCCUGGCAAGUAUGCUCUGGCGGUCGACAUUGAUCUAGUGAACGAUGACGUCCCGGUGGCCCUGCCCAAGCUGGUGAAGAGGAAGCUCCAGAAGAGAGGGAUGGAGUUUGAGAGGCCGAAGGUCUACAACCUGACCUUUGACUACGACUACUCCGUUCUUCAGGGCCGCCAGGACAACAAGGUCAGACUGCGGGUUGAUUACAGCGACAAUCCAGGUUAUUGGAACGACAUCGUGGCCUCUCCUCCCGGCAAGACGAAGCGAGAUGUUGCCAUGGAAGUCGACAUGGAGCACGGUGGCUCAUGGGAGAGCUACCUGGAGCACCGAUGGCGCAUCGAGAAGCGCUCCACUCCCGAACAUGAGAAACACCUCCUCCACGAGAGAUGGUUCUCCCUUUGGGCCGUGGACUGGAUCAACAAGCAGAAAGAAGUCGAUCUCGACUACGACCUCGUCCGCCACAGCGUCCGGGAAACCUUUGUCUGGAACCUCUUCAGAGACAGCAAGUCGUGCCCCAACAUGGACGUGUCCGCCCACAUUUGGACCGAGUUGACCGUCAACGUCGAUACCUCCGCCGUUAUCAGCCUGAUCGGCGACCUGUCCAACCUCAAGUCCUUUGAUCAGUCUCACGCGACCUUCCGGAACAAGGGCGAUGUCGAGGUCAGUUUCAACUUUGUGGCGAACGCCGAGUUGAGGUUCAGUACUGGACCUGCCGAACUUGCUGGACUUGCCCCGCUAGGUGCAAGCUUCAAGAUUCCUGGCAUAUUGACUUGCGGCCCCCAAUUCCGCUUGAUUGGGGAGUUGAACGGAAAGGCAUCAAUCGAUGCCAAUGCUCGAAUCUCCUACAAGGUGGCGAAAUGGGACUUUAUGCAGCAGUACCCGCCCAGUGAGGAAUGGUCAGAUCCGUUCAAUCCGGACAAGAAGGACAAGGCGAACCUCGAAAACGAGCAGAGAGGAAAGUCCAACAGCACGAGGCCGCAAUUCUCAUACAACCUGCACGCGGAAGGCAUGGUAGAGGCCGUAGUCACCCCUAUGAUUACCUUUGGGAUUGUCUUCAACAGCGAACUGGGUGUUCCGAAUGCUGCAAUCGACAUGGGCGUUGAGGCUUCUGCUCGUCUCUGGGGCAGCGGCGGCACCAGCGACACCAUUGCCUGGGAGUACUGCUACGGAGCCGAGGCGCAUUGGGCCGUUUUCGGUAGAGCAUCUGCGCCGACAUUGUUCAAUAUUCCUCUGAGCCGACGCUGGGACUUGGCCUCUGAUACAAUCGACAUCAUACCUUCCCAGUGCGGUUCUUCGGAAGAUUAA